AUGGACCCUGAAAUAUUGUGUGCUGCUUUAGAAAAGUAUAUUUUCAAAACGGUUAGUUCGGUGAAUAUUAUCACAAUAAUCUAAAUUUUAACAUUUCAGAAAUUUACGGAAAGCGAUAAAUUGGAAGUUCUGAAAAAUGUUGGAAAUCCGGAUUUCGAUUCAAAACAGAUGAUUGACUGGUUGAUGGAAAACACAGAAGAUCGAUUCGAUCUUUAUGCGCCUUCUGAAAAAUUGAUGAAUGAUCUCGAAAAAUUGAUUGAUUUUCCCAACAAUUCUGAAUUUUUGGGAUUGAAAGAUGUCAUGAAUUAUAAAGCAAAACCAACCAUUCUGACUGAUACAAAAGGACGAAAAUUCAUCUCGAAAUCAGAUAUUUUUUUGAAAGUUUACGAAGUUUUGAAGACAGAUGAGAAUAUCACAAAUUUAUUGCUCCAAUCAUUUGGUAAUAAGAUUUAUCGGAAAUUGAGAAAUGUAUACGAAUUGGUUCCUGCUGGAAUAAUCGACGAAAUACUUCUGGAUCUAUUGAAAUAUGAAGAUGUUGAUGAGAAUAACGAGAAUGGUUUUGUAUUAUCAAAAUACACUGUAAACGAAAUGGGAUUGAUUUAUUCGAAGUUUUAUGACAAAAAUAAUGAUGAAAAGUUGUUGAAUUGUCUACGAGAUGAAUUGAUUAAAUCUAACGAGGUUUUUUUUCAUUAUUUUGAUUUCAAAUAUGAAGUUUUUCAGAUAAACCCUAUUCGUGAUAAUGUCGAUUUUUAUCAUGAAAUCUACUUGAAACACAUUCAUAUUUCUAAAACGAUGAAGAAACUUCUUGUCAGAUUUUCUUUGUUGAAAUCGAAGGAAAGUUCUGGAAUUUUACGAAUUAUCAAAGAUAUUUCUGGCAAUAAAUUCGUUUUCGCCAAAGAGUUACAAAUCGCUAUUGGGAAUAAGAAAAAUAUUGAAAUAGAAACAAUUGAGCAAAGGAAGAAUGGAAUCGUAUUAUUGAUUGAAAUGAGAGAUGUGGAGAGCAUUAUAUCGGACUGCGGAUUAUCCUUCGAUGAUUUCCAUGUAUGUUUUAGCUGUUAUUCAACAUUACAAAUUCAAACAUAUUUUUCAGAUUUAUGAGAUUUCAAUCGAAAAUACAAGUCGCAACUCAAAUGUUCCGAUUAUGUCACCAUAUGGAACAUCUUGUAGAUUGGCCUAUAAUUCGUUCGUUAUUCUAGCAGAUGUUUUUUCAACGGAACUACGAUGGUUUGAUACAGUUACACCCAAAAAUAUGCAUAAAAUUGAUGAGUGGUAUAUUAGUUUGAGUGAUGUUUUUGAUUCAAAAAUUGUAAGUUUCAAAUAUAUUUUUUUUGAAUUUCUCAACUGCAUUUAAUUUUAGUCUACUUUUUAAUUGGUAUUUUUUCAGAGGAGCUCUUAUCUCAUCGAAACACAGAAGUUGGACAAAUUGAUUGAAGAAGCUCACAAAUUGUUUGCAAAAUAUGUUGGAAAGGUAUGUCACUUGUCAAAUUACCAUUCAAAUAACAUUUUUUCAGCCAGAUUAUGACAUUCCUCGAAACUCUGUAUUUUCUAAUUUCGAACAAAUGCGUGAUGAAAUCAAACGACUUUCAACAAAUCUCGAAGUUCAAGAUGUUCUUUUGUAUUUCAACGUUCUACAAAUUGGUAUCAAAUUUCCUUGCACAAAAAAUGAUGUAUUUUUAGUUUACAAUGACUAUCGGUGUGUAUACAUGAUGAAUAUUUUUGAAAAAGUAAUUUCGUAAGUUCUUAAUUGUCAAACAUCGUUUAUUUUUCAGUUUUUCGAUUUUUUCGGCACUCAACACGGAAUUAAUAAUUUUACGAAAGUAUGUAAUCAACUAGCAGAGAAAAGUUUAGAAAAUGAAACGGAAAAUGGAAAUAAUAGUGAAAAUACUUUGAAAGUUCUGAAAUUAGAUGAACUUAUUGUUCAAAGAUUCGAUGCUUUCAAGAAAUGGAAACCCAGAGUUUAUUUGAAAUUAUUGAGAAAGAAUGAUUAUGAUGGAUUGGAAAGUAUGAACAAAAUCUGUUUUUUUGAUAAUCAAACAUGCUUUAUGAAAGUUUUGGAUGAUAUUAUGUGUGUAGUUGAAGAAUAUCGCGAAAUAUUCAAUAUUUUUAUUGAAGACGAAAUCGAGAAAUUCGAAAAAUCAUCAAAGAUUUUUUAUUUGACAAAAGAAGAGUAUAUGAAAAUGAGUGAUUUGAUGAAGGAAGAAUUUGAAGAAAUACUAGAAGAAUCUUGUGAAGAAUUUGAUGAGGAAUUGGUUUUUGAUAAGAAAAUCCAAAUGUUGUGCAGAAAAUUUAGUACUUCAGAAUUGAUCAGAAUAAAAAAAGUACAACACUUUUUCGAAGAAUUUUCAAUAAGAAUGAAAAGUUUGAAAGAUUUCGACAAUUCAAAUGGGAGAAUGAUCAUUUUGCGAAGUAUGUGUGAAAUAAAACUCGAAGAUCAACAAGAAUGGCAUAUUUUUAGUGAAGAAGUUUUGGAGGCAAUUGAAGUUGUAUUGGAAAAUGAUGGAAAAUUGGAUGAUUUUAAAGGUUUGGUUCCAAAAACUAUUGACAAUGUAACUUGAUUUAUUUUUAGAUCAAAUCGAGAAAUGGAGAAAAGCGUGGAUUUCCGAGGAUGGCACUUUUUCAAUUAUCAAAAUCAAUUUAUUCGAAACAAUUCUCGAAUCAAUUCUCCAAAUAGACAAAUCUCGAUUUGUUAUUGUACCUGAUAUCGAAUAUUCAAGAAAUAUUAUUGAAUUACCACUUCAAAUGGGUUAUCAUGCUAUGUCGAUUUUAUCACCAAAAAGAACUCAAGUUUAUCAUCAAUUCCAAGCACAAUUUUUGAUUUUUCAAUUUGGUGCUUGCGAUAUUUUUUGGCACAAAGAAUACUGUAUUUUGAAAAAAGAGCAGAAAUCGAAAAUCAUGAGUGAAAUGAAACAAAUUGGAAAAGGAUAUAUAACAGCUGAAAAACUAGAAGAUUAUUUGAAAGAAGUGAAGUAUUCGAAUUUUGUUCAAAAAACACCAUUGAGUCUUUUCUGCGAAAAAAGUAUUGAUGAAAAGUUGUCGAAAAAACGAUUGAAAGAAAUCUAUGCAAGUGAAAUUAUUGAUUACUUGGAUUCGAUGGAAUAUUCGAAUAUAUUUUUGAAAGUGAAUAUUCUUAAUAGCUGGAUUUAUGUAUUUUUUAAUCAAGAAGAUAUGAUGAAAAUGAAGGAGAAUAUUAUGAAUGCUGUCUAUUUUGUAUCACCAGUUUAUUUGAAAAAUCCCAAGAAUCCGGAUAUUAAAAGUGAUAUGAUGGGUUAUGAACCAAGCGUUAUUUAUCCCUUUAUUAGUAAAAGUUAUGAAAUGAAUGAUGGAAAAGGUUAGACUUUUUGGAUUUUAAAAUCAAAAAGUAUUUUUUAAAGAAUUAAUUUCAGAUUUUCUUGAUAAACACUACAUUUUUGAUAAGAAUGAUCCGCUUGAAAUCUCUGGAAUCGAAAAAAUCAUGAAAUAUCGGGAAGCUGAAACUAUUGAAAAAUUAAAAAAUGAUGUGAUUUCUAAAAUUGCUCAACAAAUCGCCGAAGAUGUCUUCGAACCUGUGGAAAAUCUUCGAAAUUUGGUUAAAACUGCAUUCUCGGAGAAUUUUGAUGAAAAAGAUUCAACGGAUUUGAUCGAAAAGAUGUCGAUUUAUGAAUAUUUUCCGCAAUUAGAAUUUUCGACGAUUGAUGGAGUUGAAAUGUAUAAAAAGAAGAAAAAAGAGAUAAAAACUGUGAAAGUUCCGAAGAAAAGACGAGAAAAAAAGAAGUCUGAAGAAUCUGGCAAAAAAGAGCGAAAAGUUUUGAAAAAAUGUGUGGUUGAAAAACGAAUUGUUGAAAGUUGUGAGAAAUGUGAAAACUUUGAGGAAGAAGAAAUUGAAAGAAAAAUGAUAAUUGAAGAAUUUGAUGAAGAGAAAAUUCGAGAUUUGAAAUUUAUUGUUGAAAAACAGGAGGAAUUGAGUUAUUUGAAAAAGUAUGUUUUUUUUUUAAUUCUGAAUUUCGUUUCUCCAGUUUUAUUUUGCAGUGAAUUGAUGAGAAACAAGUUGAAAUAUCGAGAAGAAGUUCAAUCACAUAAAGAAGAUGUAGAAAUUCGUGACAUCAAAUUAUUAAAACUUGCUGAAAAAUUAAGAGAAUCACGAGAAAAUACACGAAUUGGAAGAGAACAAAUGUAUUUGGAAUUUGAGGAAAAUUCCAAAAAAUCAGCGGAAAAUUUGAGAAAAAUCGAAAUCGAAUUGGAAAGUUUUGAAAAUUUGAGCAUUUUGAAAAAAAUCUCGAAUUUCUGA